GGCCGCAGCCCGGUGCACCGCCGCCGGGGGGGGUCAGAGCCGGGGGUGGUGGUCCGGAGCCGGAGGGGAGCGGGGCACAGCUCUGCUGCCAGCACAACGCGGGCAGCCUUCGGACUGCCACGGGCGGAGGAAGAGGAUGGCACUGAGAACAUCCCGGCACGCGGUGACCCCCCCGGAUGGGCUGUCCGUGGAGGAUUCGGCUCUGCGAGAGCUCGGAGUGCCGCAGGUUCCCGCCUGAAGGGACUGAGAUCAGAUCCCAGUUCCUCAGCCCCCAGCAAAGCAGUGCAGACGGCGUGGGCUCAGUGCUCGGAGGAUCCCACAGAGCUCGGUGCUGCCGCAGCUCCGGUAUCCAUCGCAGAUCUGAGGGCACGCAGCGAGGCCGUGGUGUGCGGCAUUUGCAUGGAGCGGGUCUACGAGAAGGCACUGCCGGAGGAGCGGCUCUUUGGGAUCCUCCCAAACUGCAGCCACGCUUUCUGUCUGGGCUGCAUCCGCACGUGGAGACGCAGCCGGGACUUCCCAAACACGGUCAGCAAAGCCUGCCCAGAGUGCCGGCUCACCUCCACCUACUACAUCCCCCGCAAGUUCUGGCUCUCAGAUGGAGACGAGAAGCAGCAGCUCAUCGAAAGCUUCAAGGCACGGACAGGGCAAAUCAGGUGCAAAUUCUUCACCCGGAACCACGGCCGCUGCCCUUUUGGCUCUGACUGCAUCUACCUGCACGAGCUGCCCGGUGGGCAAACAGCACUGCGGCACAGCUGGCAGCGCCUGAGGAUGCGUGCAGAGCGCAGCCCCUCUCCCUUGGAAAGUUCUGAUGAGGAAGAAGAUGAAUUCUACCUGCUUGAAUGGGCUGUCACCAGUGCUCUGCUGGAGCUGGAGUUGCUGUACACAAGUUAUAGCCAUGGGAUGCUCUUUGAGGACAUCAGUGAUUCAGACUGAACCCUGGGUAUUCGCUGGGUGCUCUUGGCUUCAAGGAAGCAUCUUCUGGGAAUGGAAUAAUCCACUUUUAAUGCUUUGAGCUGCUCCUGGCUU